AUGGGCUCCACCAACAUGCUGCUCUUCUUCAUCCUCCUGGUCUGCUCCAUGGAGGGCUCUCCCGCGCAAGAUGAUUCCUGCACAUUGGACAAGGUGAAGAUUGCAUUCGUUCAUCAUGCCUUGGACAUGGGAGGAGUAGAGAGGCAGAUCGAGACUACCUGGUUGUCCAUCGAUCACCAGCAGUUCGAUGGUGCGGUGGUUCUGUACCAGCGACUUGGAGGAUGGGCGACCAAGUUUGAGAGCUUCGGGCUCCGAGCUGUCCUCUUCCCGAUCUUCGAUCACCAUGGCGCUUUGCUGCCGGGCCAUCAGGAAGCCAGGAAGGACAUGGUUCGGUUCCUCUCUGAGCACCAUGUUGCCCACGUCUGGUAUGGGGGAGGGGCGCUGGGCAGUUUCAGCACGUUUGGAAUCGAAGUUGCAAGCGCUGCCGGUCUGCCUGUGAUUCAGAACCUUGCAUGGAAUGUCUUCACGGUGGACUUGUCAGUUUCUGUAGUUGUGGUGGAAUGCGAUGAGACUGAGGAGCUUCACAGGGAAAAUCUCCGCGAGCGUUUUUCUGUGGACGAAGAUAUUUUGAACAGGCUCGGAGUAACUCAGGCAAGCGAACAGCAAGUCAUUCUUGACUCGGGGUUCCAGUUCGUAUCAGGAAAGGAAAGGCGCUUGUUGAGCAGAGUCCCUCUCGUUGUUCGGAUCAACCCCGGAGUGAACUUGUCUCGUUUUGACUUAGCCAUUCCUCAACUUGCAAGAGCCCGAAGCUCGGAUCGAAUCAUUGUUGGACGUCUUAGCCGUCUUGUACCCGAGAAAGACCCGGAGACGUUUGUAAAAGCUGCGGCCCUCCUCAAGCAUCGUGACGAUCUCUUGUUCCGACUCUGGGGAGAUGGUCCUGAGCGAAGGAAGCUAGAGGAAAUGCGAUUAAACUUGGGCCUGCAAGACAGACUAGAGCUGAUGGGAUCAACUGAACAACCCGAGCUUGCCCUUGCCGCCAUGGACAUCUUCGCCUACCCGACAACAGGUGAGAGUGUCGGUUGGGUCGUCCUCGAGGCCAUGGCGAUGGAGCUUCCGGUGAUCAGCACGGCAGUGGGGGCAGUGCCGUCCUUCGUCAGGCAUGGCGAGAACGGCUUUCUGAUGGAGAAGGUACAAGACGAAGAGAUACUAGCUUCUCUAAUUGAGGUGUUGGCUGACUCUCAAGAGCUCCGAGAUGAGCUUGCAAGAGGGGCGAGGGAGUUUGUUGAGCGAGAGUGCAAUCUGGAAGCGUUUGCAGCGUCAUACACGUCUUUGUACCGAGCUGUGGGCGAGAAGAGGAGGAAAAAACUGAAAGGAGUGAGCGAUAAUCCUGUGUCGUAG